AUGACCACAAAGCGGAAUCUGUUUGUGCGGCUGGUGCCAUGCCGCUGUCUGCGUGGAGAGGAGGAAACAGUCACUACACUUGAUUAUUCUCACUGCAGCCUGGAACAGGUGCCUAAGGAGAUUUUUACUUUUGAAAAGACCUUGGAAGAACUCUAUUUAGAUGCUAAUCAGAUUGAAGAGCUUCCAAAGCAACUUUUUAACUGUCAGUCUCUGCAUAAGCUGAGUUUGCCAGACAAUGAUCUAACCACAUUGCCAGCAUCCAUUGCAAAUCUCAUUAAUCUCAGGGAACUGGAUGUCAGCAAGAAUGGCAUACAGGAGUUUCCAGAAAAUAUUAAAAACUGUAAGGUCUUGACAGUUGUUGAAGCCAGCGUAAAUCCAAUUUCGAAGCUUCCAGAUGGGUUUUCCCAACUGUUGAACCUAACGCAGCUGUACCUGAAUGAUGCUUUUCUUGAGUUUUUGCCAGCCAAUUUUGGCAGAUUAACUAAACUCCAGAUAUUGGAACUUAGAGAAAACCAGUUAAAGAUAUUGCCAAAAACCAUGUCCAGACUGACUCAGCUGGAGAGACUGGACUUAGGAAGUAAUGAAUUCACAGAAGUGCCUGAAGUACUUGAGCAACUGAGUGGGUUAAAGGAAUUUUGGAUGGAUGGUAAUAGACUAACACUUAUUCCAGGGUUCAUAGGCACUUUGAAACAAUUGACCUACUUGGAUGUUUCUAAAAACAACAUUGAAGUAGUUGAAGAAGGUAUUUCAGGUUGUGAAAGCCUGCAAGACCUGUUGUUAUCCAGUAACUCACUUCAGCAACUGCCAGAGUCUAUAGGCUCCCUGAAGAAGGUAACAACACUUAAAAUUGAUGAAAACCAGUUAAUUUAUUUGCCAGACUCCAUAGGAGGGUUAGUAUCAGUUGAAGAACUGGACUGUAGUUUUAAUGAGAUUGAAACAUUGCCUUCAUCUAUUGGGCAGCUCUCUAAUAUAAGGACAUUUGCUGCAGAUCAUAACUUUCUGACACAGCUGCCAUCAGAGAUUGGAAACUGGAAGCAUGUAACAGUGUUGUUUCUGCAUUCUAAUAAGCUUGAAUUUCUCCCUGAAGAAAUGGGUGAUAUGCAGAAAUUAAAAGUCAUCAAUCUAAGUGACAAUAGAUUAAAGAAUUUGCCAUUUACCUUUACAAAACUACAACAGCUCACUGCUAUGUGGCUAUCAGACAACCAGUCCAAACCACUUAUCCCUCUUCAAAAAGAACCUGACCCUGACACAAAGAAAACAGUGCUUACUAAUUACAUGUUCCCCCAGCAACCAAGGACAGAGGAUGUUAUGUUCAUAUCUGAUAAUGAAAGUUUCAACCCAUCUCUGUGGGAGGAGCAGCGGAAACAGCGUGCUCAGGUGGCAUUUGAGUGUGAUGAAGACAAAGAUGAGAGAGAGGCACCACCUCGGGAAGGCAACCUUAAGAGAUAUCCAACUCCAUAUCCAGAUGAACUGAAGAAUAUGGUCAAAACAGUCCAGACAAUUGUACACAGACUAAAGGAUGAAGAGUCUACUGAAGAUACUGCCAAGGAGUCAAAACGAGAAGGCCAGAUAGUUUCUGUAAAAGAUGUGGGGGUAAAGGUUAGAGAUAAUAGUCUCUUCUGACAUUACAAGAAUUUCCAAAUACCUAGAAUGUUCUCUAUGCAGAAGCCUACUGAACCAGAAGCUGAGCACAGCACCGCAAAUUCACAGAUGACUGCACUUGUUAAAACCUUGCAAAACACGAAAACAAUUGUCAACCAUGAAGACACGCUUGAGGAGUCCGAAGAACUGUCCUCUGAUGAAGAGAUGAAAAUGGCAGAAAUGCGACCACCACUGAUAGAAACUUCCAUAAAUCAACCAAAAGUGGUAGCUCUUAGCAACAACAAAAAAGAUGAUUCAAAAGAUGCUGAUUCCUUAUCAGAUGAAGCUACCCACAAUAGCAAUCAAAAUAACAGCAACUGUUCCUCUCCUUCUCGAAUGUCAGAUUCUGUUUCCUUAAAUACUGAUAGUAGCCAAGAUAUCUCUCUCUGUUCUCCAGAUAAAGAAACACAUGCUGCUGUUUUAUCCAAGAUCAGGCGAGAAGAUGAAAAUUUGAAUAAUCUUUUGCAAAAUGGAGGUGAAUUGAGCAUUACAGUAGAAGAAAAAGUAAAUGUGCAAGAGAAGGUUACCAAUUUUUCUGAAUAUGAAUUAAGCAUUGAAGAAAGAUUAGGCCUGAUAGGAAAAGGUGUUGAUCUAAGCACUCCUGUGGAGGAGUCUCACCAACUAGACCAAAUAAACAUGAAUAUCAAUAAACUGGUUAGUGAAGAGGCAGUGCCAGUUCCUGUAGAAAGAUUACAAAUGCAAGAAAUAGUUUCAGGAAAGGGCUUUUUGAAUAACAACACAAAAGAAGAAAGUGAGCACUUAGAAAAUGGAAAUAAGUGUCCUAUGAAUAAAGUAAAUGGACAUCCUGAAGAAACAGUACAGUCUCCCAGUAAAGACAAACUAACAAGAAGCACUACAGUUGAUGGUGAUUCUGCUGAUCUGUCUGUUUCAAGGAGCACUGAAGACUUGUCCCCACAGAGAAGCGGUCCUGUCAUGAAAUCUCACAGCAUCACCAGUAUGGACACUGGUGGUCUGAAAAUCUAUGAUAUUGUCAGUGAGAAUGGAUCUCAACAGUCAAACUCGGUGGUAAAAUCAGCAUCUGAAAGUGCAGAUGGAAAAAACAUAGUCCGAAGUAAAUCCGCUACUCUUCUGUAUGAUCAGCCAUUACAGGUUUUUCCUGGGUCAUCAUCAUCAUCUGAUUUAGUGUCUUCUACAAAAACUGUGUUCAAGUUCGACUCAAAUCACAAUCCUGAAGGUGCUAACGUAGCGAGAGGAUCAGUGGCAAGUGGCCCACAGAUGUUAUGUGCUCCCCAGUAUAAUAUUCAGUACAGCAGCAGUGCAACAGCGAAAGACACCUUGUGGCCCCAGAAACAAAACACCCAAGUAGAACCAGGCAGCUUACCUCCUUCACGUCUGCUUAGGUCUGACAGCACAGACACCCCCAGUUAUGUAAAGCAUUCUGCCAAUAUGAAUUUUUCCAAUCAUAACAAUGUCCGGGCCAGCGCUGUGUAUAACACGCAUCAACGAAUGGCUGGGAGACAUAUAGAUGUGUGGGCUAUUCCACCAAAUGACAGACUGCUCCCAGGAGCAACCAGACACACUCUCCAAAGGCAGAGCAGUGUGUCUUCUACUACUUCUAUAAAUGUUGGGGAUACUGGACCUGCAAGGCGGACUCAGGUGCCUGAAGGGGACUAUUUAACUUACAGAGAUCUGCAUACAAUGGCAAGAGCUCCACCAGUAAUGUCUGGGCAACAGAGACCUCUUUCUGCCAGAACUUACAGCAUUGAUGGCCCAAAUGUACCACGACCACAGAGUGCUCGGCCAUCGGUGAAUGAAAUACCAGAAAGAACUAUGUCAGUUAGUGACUUCAAUUACUCGCGGACUAGCCCUUCAAAGAGGUCUAACCCAAGAGUUAGCUCUGAGCACUCUUUAUUAGACCCUCCAGGAAAAAGUAAAGUCCCUCAUGACUGGAGGGAACAGGUGCUGCGACAUAUUGAGGCUAAAAAGCUCGAAAAGAGCAUGCUGUCUAGGUCCUUUAAUUCCAAUUAUGCUGCAGUUAGCAGCUUUCACUAUGGCAGCUCUAGGGAUCUGCAUGGCAGCCAGGGUAGUGUUGCCUUGAGUGUUGCAGACGGAAGAGGUUCUGGUGUGCACAUUGUUCGAAUACCUUUGACAAAUGGACAAAUGUGCCAGCCUCAGAGACCUCAGGCAAGCUACAGCCAAGUCCAUCAUCUUCCUCCUCAAUCGUCAGUAGCAAGACAUCCAUCUAGAGAGCAAUUAAUUGAUUAUCUGAUGCUGAAAGUUGCCCACCAACCUCCCUAUACCCAGUCCCAGUGUUCUCCCAGACAAAGCCAUGAGUUGGCAAAGCAAGAGAUUCGAGUGAGAAUUGACAAGGAUCCAGAACUUGGAUUUAGUAUAUCAGGAGGAGUUGGUGGUAGAGGGAAUCCAUUCAGACCUGAAGAUGAUGGUAUAUUUGUAACCAGAGUGCAACCAGAAGGACCAGCAUCUAAGCUGUUGCAGCCUGGAGAUAAAAUAAUUCAGGCUAAUGGAUACAGCUUCAUCAAUAUUGAUCACGGACAAGCAGUAUCAUUGCUGAAGACUUUUCAGAAUGCAGUGGAACUCAUCAUUGUGCGAGAAGUUUCUUCAUAAAUACUGUGGAUUGAGGGGGAGAAGCCAGCAGGAUUCAUUGAAGGACUUAUGGGAAACUGAAUAUUUUGCCUAUUUUUAUAUGUGAAAGGAACUUGAAAAGAAUUAUGAUCAAAAUUUGUACAGGAAAUACUGAACUUGUGGUUAAAGGGGAAAAAAAACACUGUAUAGAACAUACAGGAAAUCAUUUUGAAAAUGCAUAUGGUGAAUAAACUUGUUUUUAAGCAUUAUUGCAAUCUAAGGAUCACUCCUCCAAAAACAAACCUGUGGCUUUUUUUGUACAGAUGGUAGGUUUAUUUUUGGAUAAAUUCAUACACAUUACUAAACUUUGUGCAAGGCUUUGCGAAGCCUCAGCUGUAGCCAGUGGACAGAUGGCAGGGCUGUCUGUCCUGUAGCUGUUUAUUGCCUUUAUUUUUAUUCACCAGAUACUAAUGUGUUGUGCUAAAACCACUUCUGUAGAUAUGAACAGGGGAUAUGAAGUCUUGGUUUUGCUAUGUGCACAUUGUACUGGUGAAUGGGUAGAUGGAAGGAGGUGCUGGUUGGACAGAAUAAAGGUCAGGUGAAACAAUUAUCUGCUAUCUAAAUCUGGAAU